AUGGAAGUGAAGGUGUCAGUGGACGGUAUCCCACGCGUGGUCUGUGGAGUUACAGAGGAAACAACAUGCCAAGAAGUGGUGAUUGCGUUGGCUCAAGCCUUGGGUCAGCCCGGACGCUACACGUUACGGGAAAAAUUCAAAGACUUUGAGCGGUGCAUGACGCCCAACGAAUGCCUUCUGGAGACUCUUGAGAAGUACGGUGAGCAAGCCAGGGAGGUCCAGCUGACACUGCUACGCAAUGGUCCCUCUGUCUGGGAUGAAAUGAGCAGAUCAAGAGUUGGCAGGUACCAUCCUUGCCCGCCACUUAGAAGAAAAGAUGCAGGGGCUAGAAUGCGGCGGGGCAGCAGUUCGCUAAGUUUUCAUCGCCAAAGCUUGCCACCAUUAUCUUGUUUAAAGCAAGAAGCUGAGCAGCAAAAAGAGGACCUGAAAAGGCCCAGAAGAAAGUCUCUGACACUCAUGGAAGAGGCCUGGGAAUGGCUAGAGAGUCUGGGAAGAGGCAAGGUCUACAGUACCGCCUGUGAUAAGGAAAGCAGUAAGAGGACCGAUAAAAGGAACCGUACCUCUUUGGAUGUUUCUCUCCCUGUUGACAAAGAUAACUUAAGUCGAAGUAGUAGAGGCAAAGUCAGAGGUCAGAAAAGUUUAAAGUCAGACUUGGACCAUCAAACAUCCUGCUGCAUGGGAAGUCAGACAAAGGGUAAAGAAAGGAAACACUACAAGAAAAGUCAAGAAGCAAAAUCUGAUCACCUGUUCAGUUCAAGAUGCGUUACAACUGAAGAUGAGAAGAACAGUUUAAGAGAAACCAUAAUAUGUCAGCUCAGUUGUUUGCAGGAUUUACAGGUCCAGAUAGCACGCAUAGACAAACAUAUUUUGGAGCUUGAGGAAAAACAGAGGGCCAAAAGAUCUGUGCAGGAAGCCCAGAAGAGAAUGGUUGAAGAGGAGAUGGAGCAAAUCAAGUUUUGGGAAAAUGAAUUAAAGGCUGAAGAAGGUUAUGAGAAAGAUUUGCAAUGUCAGUUCCUUGAGAUGAGAGCAAAGGCUGUUGGGUGCAAGGCCAAACUGGAGGAGUACAAGCACAAAAUACAGGGACUCGAUUUCUUCGCCACUCCAAACUUUGUUGAAGAGGAUUCAGAGAUGAUUUCAAACUUUGGUGCAAAUGCUGUCACCGAGUUUUCAACUAAUCACCAACGAUCUGAUCCAGAUGGGGAUAUAAAUGUUAACAGGAAGUUUCUGCCUAGAGAAGACUUCAACUCUCCUCAUGCUCUAGUUUCUCCAAACCAGAUGAAAGAGCGGCGGCCAACAGGUCCAACAGAGCUCAAGGAGUGGUGGACACGCUGGUCUGAAGCCCAAAGCUCUCAAUUACAGACUAAAAAUAAGGUGAUUCACCGCUCUGAACUUACUAUAUAUCUGGGCAGUACUAAGGUUUAG